AAAUACUUUGUGCAAAAGGGAAACACUUUUGCAGCGAGCAAGAUAACACCAUACACACGACGCCAAGAUUUUCUUUUUCUACAGUUAGGAGUAUCACUACGCCCUUUGUCAUGCCUUAAGAUGGUAUCAUUAAAGCCAGACUGCGCUUAGCGGGGAGCGGAGAAGGCACCCGUGCACAUGGGUUGCCUGCAAAGUAAGGAUUGUCCUGCUAGCGGUGAUCAAGCCACCGCGAGUAACGUGAAUGCACCAGUGCCAGCUUGGGAAUCAUCGCCAGCGACCGGGACUUUACAGGCCAAGCCGGCAGAGUCCACAAAUGCGGCUGACGCCACAGCCGUGGAGCUGGAGGAAAUGCAGGAAGCCCGGGAUUCUGUAGGAAACUUGCCAUCUUCAGUUCAUGGGUCGGUGUCGUCGUCAUCGGAUACAGCGCAGCAACGGCCUUCCAGUCGCGGGGUGCAGUUUGGGGGCGUUGAAGUGCAGUCGUUCGAAGUGCCGCCUCCUCCAGCGGAGGAACACAGUCAUUUUCUGCUUCAAAAGUCCCUUCCACAGAUCCCAGCGUCCAACGUCGAACUUGAAACUCGGGCGUCCGGCUUGAAACACAUAGGGUUCGGUCCACUCAAAAAGGAAAAUCAGGACGAGUAUUUCUGCCAAGUUGGGGGCUUCGGUGGGCAAAAGGACGGUUGCUGCUACUGCAUAUUUGACGGUCACGGCAACUACGGGCGUGAUGCAGCGCAGUUUUGCAGACAAGAGCUGCCGGUUUGGUUUGACCAGGAGCUUCGGAAGCACUACAGCAAAGCCGCGGCGGAGGGUAUCAAAGACCCCAACGCCAAGGAGCUCAUAGAGCCCAUCAUUAGCGAUGCUUUCGUGGAAACGGAGCGGCGCUUACACCAGGCGGGCAUCAACGUGUCGAGCAGCGGCACCACGGCAAGCGUGGUGUUCCAGAACCGCUCCAGCGUGUGGGUGGCAGCCGCGGGGGACUCCCGUGUGCUGUGCCUGGCGCAUGUGGACAGUCAGUGGAAGGUGCAGCCGCUGACACUGGACCACCGGCCGUCGCGGAGGACUGAAAAGUACAGGGUGGAAGCUGCGGGCGGGCGGGUAGAGCCGAAGCGCUUGCCUAGCGGCAAGACGGUAGGCGAGCCGCGGCUGUGGCUGGCACACCUGCCCAGCCCCGGGCUGUUGCUGUCUCGGUCCAUUGGGGAUGACAUGGCCACGUCAGUGGGCUGUACGGCACGGCCGGAGAUCACCUUCAUGGCCCUCAGGCCCUUCCUAGAUCAGUACCUGGUGAUGGCUUCGGACGGCGUGUGGGACGUGCUCAGCAACGACACGGUGGCCCAGCUGGUGGGGGACGCGGGGGAGCCGGAGGCGGCAUGUCAGGCGGUGUUGGAGGCGGCACUUCUGGAGUGGGAGGAGCGCCUAGCAGCGGACAACAUAUCCAUCAUUGUGGUGCAGCUGCUGUGGGGGGACGUGCUGGCCAGCAAUGGCUCCGCCGGGGGGCUUCGUUCCGCUGUGGGCUCGUUCCACUCGCAUCAAGGUCGCCGCAUGCUGGCAUCCAGCAGCGGCGGGGCAUCCGGCCUGGUGCGGGCGGGCACCGGUGACUCCCUAGGGGAAGACCAUCCGAGGUUGGGCUCCGCAGGAUCGAUGUCAUCUGGGUCGUCGGGUACGGCAGCGGUGGCGGCGGCAGCAGCAGCGACGCAGGCUGCAGCGCUGCAAAGACAUCUGGUGUAGGCAGUCCGGCGAGAGUGGGGUGGGGCUUGCGACUUUGGGAGCGGGGUGGUGGGUGCGGGCGUAAGGGUGUUCCAGGAGUGGAGGGAAGGCGUGUAGGGUGGGGGGGGCUCGAAGUGCCUGGUCCUGCGGCAUGUAAGGCCGUGGGAUAAGGCGACCUUUGCCGAUGACCACUCUUGACCUGGUUGGAGGAUGGGUCCAAGGCGACUCACCAGCCUUGUGCAAGCAGCCUGAGCUCUCCGGGAUGACCAUGGAUGAUUGGACGGGAGGUGAAGCUGAAGUGCCCGGCAAGCGGCUCAUGCGUCCCGUGUCUUGUCCACAUGGAUGUGGCUGCUGCUGCUGCUGCUGCUGAGAGAGCAACUGUGCAUGCCCUGCUGCGUUCCGGGACUCCUCGGGACGCCUCUCAGUGGCUCGGGGGCUAGCGACCGCCGUGCCUAUUAGAGGGCCGUCUUGACUGUUCGUACGGUGGGCUGGGAGUGGGGGGAUGGGGGGAUUAGAGAGGGACGAGGUGGGUCCUGCAUCAGCAUAGCGUGCUGUAGCGCGGAUGGCUCUUGCCUGCAUGGAAUUUUGCGCCUUUUGUACUGUACACCUGUUCAUAGGACUCGCUGAAAGUGACGAGGCUUAUGGAUACUUUCUAGAAGUGGGGAGGGGUGGCUGUGUUUUCUACCUUUUGUUGCUUGCGAUGCGACAUUGGGUAGGUCUCGAAACCCCAAUCACCCAAGGAACGUGCGUGGACGUUAGAUCUUCGCAUUAAAACCCAAAUGAGGUAGAUAGGCUCUUUCUUUGUAGCGUGCGUGCACUUGCACAUAAGUCUCGGUAUGUAGCUGUGGAGAUGCUAUGCAGGGCGACAAAGUAGCAUGGGGCAUGACGGUUGGGCGUUCGUGGCGUUUACGCUGACUCUUGCGUUUAAUUGACGCGUGCUUGCAUACCUAAGGACGACAUUUACGAUGGCGAAACAUGAUGCGCGGUUUGCAGGAUCGUGGGGCAGUAGCAUCUGCGUUGCGGGCCGCGCUGGCUUUGCAUGCGGAGCGAUUUGGGUGGGGUAUGCCGUAUGCGGGUCGCCCUUCUCCCCUUGGGGUGUUAACUGCGGCUUUAGAGGGUCAGGAACCCGGACGGUGGAAGCCAGCACCGGACACUACACUGGCGUACGAGAUUGCCAAUGAAUGCUUGUUAGAAGGUAAUCCUUAGUUUGAAUGGACAGAUGCGUUUUCUGCAAGUGGUGAGGAGGGGCUCUAAUCGUGGUGAUGCUAGGAUAUGCGGGCCCAGCAGACGUGAUGUACGGUACGUUAACGGUAAAGUGGUGUAGUCCUCCUCAGGGUACUGGGCGAAAGGCAAGUUAUUCGCCGAGUACGAUUUCGCCGCAAUUUGCCUAUUCGCCUGCCGGGCCCUUCCAAGUUGGCGGAAAGGCGAAUUACCCGUACGGCAGCCUUGCCGUACUGAAACUUGCUGAACAUUUGCCCCUUAGAGCCCGUUCCCAGGGCUUCUCUGCCUCCCCGUGGGCUCGGCCAGGCGUUCAGGAACCUGAAUUUGGCUAGAAUCGUAGCAAGCGCGUGUUGAUAGGCGCUGCAUGCGCAAGUUUGUGGUUGGGUAUGUAUGACCUUUAGGGGUUGGCACGCAGGCUGCUCGGGCGUGCUUGAACCUACAAUGAACUACGUGUGAGCUACAAUGAACUUACUACGAACAAGAAUGAAUGAAGCGAUUUGUCGAGCUAUUACUGUCAAGUUGUCGGUCGUGAUGGUCAGAUGGACACCUUGAAACCGGAC